UGUAUCGAAAAUCUCUGAUGACAUUCAGUGUGAACAUAGGCACGGAAGAGGAGGACAACUGUAGCAGCUUUACUAUGCGUAAGAGUGAAACAGCACUAAUCCAAAUAAAAAAGAUGGUGUCGUCACUUUGCUCUGAAUGACACUCUCUCUAUGCUAAUAUAUAACUCUAUGCCUUGGACUCGAGUCACUUUUUCGUCUCCUGAAUGCGACCAUUGAGCCAGUCCGGUCGUUUCGCCUCCGAUGAGUGUCACUUGUCACUAAGGUUUGUUUUUUGUUUUUAUGAUAUGGGAUAAUGGGAUGGGGUAAUUUUGCUUUUUUGAAUGUUGAGUGUAUAAUUUGGUAUUAUUAAUAAUUAUUUAUUGAAAUACAUAAAAUCAAAACCAAAUGGAAGUAAAAAAAGAAUUUAGUGAGGAUUCGUGUAAAGUAGAAAUAGAGUAUCAUGACUUGGAUGGCGUUAAAUGUGAAGUAAAGCAAGAAUUUAGUGAGAAGACAUGUAACGUAGAAAUAGAGUAUAAUGACUUGGAUGAUGCUCUUCUCGAUGGCUUUAAAUGUGAAAUUAAGGAGGAAUUCAAUAGAGAAAGUAUAGAUGACACCUCUAAUUAUUUAGAAGACUUUCCGAUAGGUCCUGAAAUAGAAUGUGACGGAAAUAAACUGAAGCUGUGUGAAGAAAACCAAAAAACCGAAAAAGGUUGUAUUCAGGAGGAGAAUAAAAUCAAAAUUGUGGAAACCGUUUUUGAACAUUCAUCACAUAAACGACACUAUUUGGGAAAAGGGAAAGAAAGAGACGAAGGAAAAACUUUAGAUAAGACUGGACAAGAACCCAACAAGUGUGAAAUUUGUUUAAAGCAAUUUACUAAAACAAGUCAUUUGAAGAGACAUUUGAAUAUGCACACCAGAGAAAAACUAUACAAGUGCGAAAUUUGUUCUAAACAGUUUACAAAAACAUAUCAUUUGAAAACACAUUUGAGAGUCCACACUGGAGAAAAACCAUACAAGUGCGAAAUUUGUUUUAAGCAGUUCGCUCUUAAAAAACUUUUAAAUCAACACAUGAUUGUUCACACUGGAGAAAAACCAUACAAGUGCGAAAUUUGUUUUAAGCCGUUCGCUUAUAAAACAUCUUUAAAUCAACACAUGAUAGUUCACACUGGAGAAAAAUCAUAUAAAUGUGAAACUUGUUUUAAACAGUUUAGUCAAGCAAGUCAUUUGAAGACACAUUUGAGAGUGCACACUGGAGAAAAACCAUACAAAUGUGAAAUUUGUUCUAAACAGUUUACAAAAACAUAUCAUUUGAAAACACAUUUGAGAGUCCACACUGGAGAAAAACCAUUCGAAUGUGAAAUUUGUUUUAAGCAGUUCACUCGUAAAGAAUCUUUAAAUAAACACACGAGAGUUCACACUGGAGAAAAACCAUACAAGUGUGAAAUUUGUUUUGAGCAGUUCGCUCUUAAAGGAACUUUAAAUCGACACAUGAGAGCUCACACUGGAGAAAAACCAUACAAGUGUGAAAUUUGUUUUAAGCAGUUCGCUCUUAAAGAAUCUUUAAAUCGACACAUAAAACAGGCCGUACACGAUCAUUAAUAAUGACAUUACUUUCGAAAAAUUCACAUCAUUCCAUAUUGUCAUUACUCUUCAACCUUACACAAUCAUUAUUACUGUCAUCUUUACCAGUCUUCCUUCUCUCAUUCUGCUUAUAUGACUAUACCAUUCUUUUUUCUUUUCAAUGUCCAGUCAUUUAUAUUCUCUAUAUUCCAGCCCUGAGGUCUGUGCUACGUUGUCUAUCCCAUAAUGAUUUUCCUGUAAUAUCUCAGACUAUUUUCAUUUCACACGUUGAAGAAUUAAGACACGGAAAGAUCGACAUAUGUGCACUUCAGGAGAAUAAGAAUGAAAAAUAUUUAAAUAAGUACUGCAUACUUUCCUAGACAGAUGUACUGAGUAAUGAUGUGGUAAUGAUUCACCGCACCGUAUAUGAUCAUUAGUAAUGACCGUAUCCCUCCCGUUUACAGCAGGGGUGUGCGGUCCAUGGAAGCAAGGGAAGCAUUGCUUCCCUUGGUUUCCGUAGUAAUGCCGUACCAAUUGAAUAACUAAGAUUAUUUAAAAAAAAAUGAACAAACACAUAAGCAGAAUUUUAAGUUGUAUACGAGAAUAUUUAAUUAUGUAGUACAAGCAGCAAGUACCUAAUAAGAAAAGACAAAGAUACUCUAUUUCUGUCAUACAGUAAAUAUCAAAGCAAUGAAAUACUGAUAAGCACGUAAGCAGCGUUGCAUGCUGCAUCCUUCCGUAAUCGGACCAUAAUCAUAUUUCUACGGUGGUAUUCGAGUUAUGUCGGCAUAAUAAUCUGAUUUUAAAGUUGCUUCUCUUCAGGGCUUUGUAAAAAUCAUCGGUGUUACACGCUGACCGGCGAGUUCAAAUCUCGGGCAUAUCUUUAGCCUUUAGCUUAUAAGCAGUUUUGUCAAUUGCAUACGAAGAUGAUUUGAAUUGAAAUAGGAUUUACCAGCACUUGACAAUGAUGGGCUUCGUCGACUGAUUAUGUGGAAUUAUGAAGAUGGAUUUUAUUGAAUUAUUUA